UUUCUUUUUUCCUUCCAGGAAACUCAUCUCACACUGUGGUGGGCACUGAUGCCCAGAUUAGACGACCACUUCUGGAGUUGUUCCAGCCCUGCCAGUGAGAGGCACAAAACCCACUCGAGAGCCAGCUCUGGAGGGCUGGCUGCAAAAGCGGAAGAGAUGAUCAGCCCCUCCGUUUCCCGCCCCUCUUUGCCAGUGGACCCCAGGGCCCCCAGUGUGAGUGCCCACAGCUGCAGCAGUAGCAGCAGCCACACUAACAGUUGGCAUCACCAUUUGGUGCAGAGGAGCCUGGUGCUGUUUUCAGUUGGAGUUGUACUAGCCCUGGUGCUCAACCUGCUACAGAUCCAGAGGAAUGUCACUCUUUUCCCCGAAGAAGUGAUUGCCACAAUCUUCUCUUCUGCCUGGUGGGUGCCUCCCUGUUGUGGGACGGCAGCUGCUGUUGUGGGCUUACUGUACCCCUGCAUUGACAGUCAUCUUGGAGAACCUCACAAGUUUAAGAGAGAGUGGGCCAGUGUGAUGCGCUGUAUUGCAGUUUUUGUUGGCAUCAACCAUGCAAGUGCUAAAUUGGAUUUUGCCAAUAAUGUUCAGCUGUCCUUGACUUUAGCAGCCCUGUCUUUGGGCCUUUGGUGGACAUUCGAUCGCUCAAGAAGUGGUCUUGGGCUUGGAAUUACUGUAGCCUUCCUUGCUACUCUGAUCACCCAGUUUCUCGUAUAUAAUGGGGUUUAUCAGUAUACAUCCCCAGAUUUUCUCUAUAUUCGUUCUUGGCUCCCAUGCAUAUUUUUCUCAGGAGGCGUGACAGUAGGAAAUAUAGGACGACAGCUAGCUAUGGGUGUUCCUGAAAAGCCACAUAGUGAUUGAGUCUUCAAGCCCUUUGGGAAGAAAAUCCGUGAUACUGGAUUGUGACAAAGAUGAUCUUUUCCCUAAAUCCUCUAUUUAGAUUGGGCUGGCUGUACAAUUGACUCCUGGAAAAGUAUUUGCCGACUCUAGAAUAGUGACGUGGAAACGAUGAUCGCUUGUCUUGACAUCUGACCUGGAUUCACUGCACUCCUCCCUGUCUGUGCUCUGCAGAAACGUGCCCAAGGCUCUGGCCAGGAGUUCGGGCCAGGGGCAGUUCCCCAAGUAUUAGAGUUCACUUAUGUUAUUAAAACAAAUUGCCAUAUUUCAAAGCUUUGAACUAAAACUUAAUGACAACCUAUUGGUUUUGUAUCAGUGCCCAAAGGGGACAGGCUGAUGGUGCUUAACAAAGAUAAGUAGGGUAUAAUAUUUAUCCAAAAGUUUUUAAAAAUAGGGUUGUACUUAAAAAGCAAAACAAUACAGUGCGAACGGAGUGAUUGUGCUCCGGCUGGCGUCGCCGUGCUGCAGGGUGUGUGGAGCCCCUCCCUCCUCCCUAGAGCUGGGAGGGAAUGCCUGCUUUCCGGCCCACUCGCACGCUGGAGUGCCUAUGAACACCGAGGGACACAGCUCCUCAACACGGAACUGUGUGUGGACAAUCCGACUGAAAGCAAGGCAAUAAAACAUCACAGUUCAACACUGAUGUGCUGAAAGUUCCACCUCAGUUUAUGAAAUUGUACCUGAAAUCUGUCAUUGCCUAAAGGUGAAUACAUCUCUGUGUGUAUUUCAGCCUGAGCCAAAAUGAUUUCUUUCUUUCAUACUCCAGGACAGAUUUUUUGUUUCUUCUCCACAGCCCUAUAGAGUUUGCAAUCUGUGAUUGCCUUGUAAAAAUAAGAGUGCAUAUGUCACUAUAUUAAACAUUUGGUGUUUCUAAAUAGUCAAUUAUAUUGGUGAGCACAAUGUAUUCGUUUAAUGGCAUAGACCAUUCAGACCUAAUUUGCAAGUAUUGGGUCUUAAACUUCAAGUGCAAUGUAUAUAAAAACCAAUCUGAGCCUUCUAUUCUCUUAAAUAUUUAUUUUUUUGUUCUGUUUUCAAUGUGUGAGACGUUCAAGAGGGGUUCUGCAUCCAUUUCAGUGCUGCAUGGAGGCAAAAGUCAGCAAUCAUUUCUCCCAACUAUAGUUACAUUACUGCUGUACUUUCCACUGGACCCUGUCCUUUACAAUACUCCGGUUUCGUGGUUUUAGCAUACUUUGACUUUUCACUUCGAAAUUUACCUUUUUUAUUAUGCAGCUUAAGUAUUUUUAGCUUGUUUUCAAUUCUGUUAGAAUGACUUGCUUAAAAGAUGUCCCUUUUCAAUAGAGGUCACCAGUCAGCAGAAUGGAAAUUGAAAGGAACUUGCCUGUGAGUGUUGAUGUAAAUGUAUUUGAUUUUCUCUGUGUGAUGGUUCUUGUGGGGGUUGUUUUGCUCUUACUUUGAGAAAGCUACCUUGGAGGCAGCUUUAGGUUAUAGCCAAUUUGUCAUUUGGAUUGUUCUGAACUCUGGGCUCAUCCCUUAUAAAUUUUCUAAAUUGAAAAUGAUUAGUUAUAUUAAAAAACUUUUCAAUGAACAUGUCAGCAUUUUAUGAAAAGCCAGAUGUUAAGAGAUGAAGGCAAUGGAUGAAUUUUUUAAAACAUACUUGAUUGUACACAAACAAUAAGUAUUUUUCUUUCUCUUCGACUGGAAAUCUCUGUUAGAAAUAAUGUAGCUUAAAAAAAUGUGAAUCUAAAGAAUUUCUUUGCCAAUAAUUUAUAGCAAGUAUAUGAACCAAAGUGAUUUGAGUUUGUUAAAAAAAAAGUAAGAUAGUAUGAACAAACUUUGCACUAUACCAGAGUUGAACAUCUAGUGAGAUUCACAUUCAUACUAAGUUUUCAAUAUUGUGUUCUUUUGCAUUCAUUUUUUACUUUUAUUAAAGGUUCAAAACCAA